UUUCCCGCUAGUAUAUAUUUAUUUCCGAUAUAUUGAGCGUGCUUUAUGCAAAUAUGUAAGGCACUUAUCUCAAUAAACCAUACAAGAAACUAUCGAAAAUCUCUUGAAAAGAUAAACAGUUUUAAAUGUUAUAUAUUCAAAAUAAACCAUUGAAAGCGUUUUCUCUACCUUGAGUAAACGGUGUCAUAUUAAUUUCCUCAUGUGAGAAUCGAUACUGGGCUCUUUUAAAACUUCACUGUAAAGGGUGAAAUCUUAUUUAAAGAAAACAGUUACGAUGAAGUGCUUCCCUCUAUACGGAGAAAAUUGAACUGUACUAAACAUGGCGUUCUCGUAUUUGGGACCGGAAUCGCCUCGGCCGUAUUCGGUAAUAUCCGAAGGAUUCCAAAAUCGUUACCGCAUUCCCCGACAUCAGGCAUGGGAGAAUUUUACGUUCGGAGAUGAAUAUGAUGAGCAUUUGUUUUCACUGAUGAAUAAAUAUCUAGAUUUAGAGACAACUGACAGAGUUUGUUAUAUUGGGGACACUAAAGGGAGCUUAGCAGAGGCACUCAUGGACAGAUUCUGUGUCCUUGAGCCUCUGUUGACAGUCAUCCCUGGGCACUACAGCUAUGUAGAGACAGAAUCAAACAAAGUGUUGUCCAUCAGGGUGGCACAUGUUGGGUCAGAAGAAUUUUUCCGGUUACAGGCUCGUGAAAAACCAGAAAAUAGACAAAUGUUUGAUAAAAUUAUUAUCAAAGACGCUCUUAGAUACUUUGAAAAUCCCAUUGAGAUGUAUAACAAUAUAAUGAAGUGCUUGAAGAAAUCUGGAAAACUUUUAAUCGUUCACCGGCCAAGUUCUAUCAACACGCUUCCGGUGUUCCAAAAUGCUAAACAACGAUUGGAAGACAACGAAAUUCCAUAUGAUGACAUCAUUAAAGAUUUGAAAUCAUGUGACUUUGAUGUCCAAUGGGAGAUUGAGUGUCUGCCAAUACUUAUGUCAAAGAAAAAAUGGUAUUCGUUGCUCAAGUCAAAAUUCCCGCCUCAAAUGGAAAUUCUCAGUGAUGUUGAGGUUCAAUGUGGUAUACGAGAACUUUCGGAGGGUAUUAUGAAAUAUGAAGGCGAUGCGAUCGAAUUCAAUGAUAGGUUGCUAUUUAUAGUAGUUUCUAAUCCCGCAGAAAAGAGAAGAGGAUAUCCGGGAAUUAAACGCUACAACGCAGACGACUUUUCCCCGUUUCCGGAUAUUAAAGACAUGCACUAUUCAAUGGAAAUGUCGGACGACAUAAAGAAAUACGUACAUAAUAAACCAAAAACUAGUAUACAUAGAAGUGCAGAUGGCAACGUGUUUUUCAGCUAACACUAGAAAUAAUGAUUUCAUGUCGUGACUUUAUCAAAAUGGAUAGAAAAAACAAAAUUAAAUUUCAAUAUUCUGUUUUAAAUAAAUCGCUGCGAAGGGAAUUGUUGUCUUCAAAAAAAUGCAUUUGGGUGAAAACACGGAUUUAUAUCCGUGGUGAAAAAGAUGACAUUUUUAACCUAUGUCAAUAUUUGGACUUCAAAAUUCCAAAUUGUUAUAAAAGCGGACUCACGUUCUGAAAAAAGUACAUUCUCAUGUGUAUAUUUGCCUUUAUAUUUGGCAGAUUUCAUAUGAUUCAAUUUUGACCAACAUGAAAUCGGGAUGGAAACAUAUACAUUUUGUAUCAGUAUUAGUCAACAUGUACUUCUUGAUCAUGUUUGAUUUUUCACAGUAUUACAUGAAUCAUAUUUCAACUCGAAUUUGGUGAAAGUUUUGAGUUAAUCAUAACCAAGCAUUCCACUUCAUGAACUGAGCAGAACUCAUGUCGUCUGAGGAAAAAUUAAAGUGACCACGUGCAUCUGUAUAUUGACACAGUCCGGAAUUCGAAAUUUAAAAUCCAUCAACCCCAAACUAUGCUAUUACUUUAUUUUACAAAAUAUUUUUAUAUAUUUAUUUUUUUAUUGUAAUUAUUUUUUUUCUUUGUCCAAAAUUCCUCUUUGUUUACAUGUUGCUAAAUUUAUGAUACGUAAAUUUAAUUCAGUGUUGAUAUUAUCUAGCAUUUUCUAAAUGUAUUAUUAAAACAUAAAACACAAGUUCAUGAAUUCAUUUCUGAGGCUUAGUGUGCCACAAUGUAUUCAACUGAACAAUUUAUAAUCUUUAAAAUUGCAUUACUUGUACCUAUUUACAUGUACUAGUGUAAAAAUAAAGACUCAAUCUAAAUUGUUAA